AUGAUAACAAAUCUAUUUUCAAUCUUUGAUCCAGCAACUACAAUCUUUACAUUACCAUUAAAUUGAAUAAGAUCAUUUAUAAGAUUAAUUAUUUUACCAUAUACAUUCUGACUAAUUCCUUCACGAACUAAUAUAAUAUGAAUUCAAUUAACAAACUUUAUUAAUAAAGAAUUAAAAAUUUUAAUCAAUAAAAACGCUAAAGGAAGAAAUAUUAUUUUUACAACUAUUUUCAUAUUUAUUAUAAUUAAUAAUUUUAUAGGAUUAUUCCCAUAUAUUUUUACAAGAUCAAGACAUAUAUCAAUAACUUUAAGAUUAUCUCUUCCUUUAUGAAUAUCUUUAAUAAUUUUUGGAUGAAUAAAAUUUUAUAAUAACAUAUUUGCCCAUAUAGUUCCAAUAGGAACACCAUCCAUUUUAAUACCUUUUAUAGUUAUAAUUGAAUCAAUUAGAAAUUUAAUUCGACCAGGUACAUUAGCAAUUCGAUUAGCAGCAAAUAUAAUUGCAGGACAUUUACUUAUUACACUAAUUAGAUCUACUGGACCUUCUUCAAGAACAAUUUUAAUUAGCUUUAUAGUAUUAGCACAAAUUUUACUUCUAUCUUUAGAAAGAGCUGUAGCUAUUAUCCAAGCCUAUGUUUUUUCUAUCUUAAGUACUUUAUAUUCAAGAGAAAUUAAAUAA